AUGUCUGGCCACACACAGAAAUCCCAGCGGGCGUCGACCACCCGCGUCCCCGUCCCUUUCAGCAUCUUCCCCUCGUCCUACCGCGAGGCCGAGUCCGACACCACCCAAACCCAAACCACCCACGAGGAGCUUGAGAUCAAACUUCCGGAGAAGCACCACGCCGGACGGGAAGGUCAAUACUCUUCUUACACCGCUCAGAGCAACCUUCCUCCUCGCGGAGAGCAGCGCUACAGCGAAGAAGAGGUCCGCAUCACUCGUGAAGAGGAACAUUACCGCCGUCCCGGCAUCCGUUCAGACUACUACCGUGAAGACCGCAGACCUCGCUCCCACGCAGAGACUCGCAUUGAGGUUGACACUCAUCACCGAGACUACAACACCCCAAUUGACGUGAUCGAGCGUGAAUACCGCUCUCGUGUCCAGCCUACCUACAGAGAGGAAGUCCACGUCCACAGCACCGUCGACCCUCCUAGCCACCGCCCCGUCUACAAGGACAGCUACCAAGUCACCGGCGAAACCGUUGAUCCUCCCAGCGCGCGUCCUUCUUACUACAAGGACACAAAGAUCGUAGAGGAGACCAUCGAGCUCCCCCGCAAGACCUCCAAGAAGAACAUGGGAUACUACGACGAGGACGGCCACUACCACUCUUUCCGCCACGGAAUCCACAAGAUGGCUGACCGCAUCCUGCACCCUGAGGGCCGUGAGUCCGUUGAGGUGACCGAGAUCCGUGAGAGCCGUGGUUCUCGCCGCUCCGGUGGUGAUGAUGACUUCGUCCCCAACACCGUUACCAUCCCCUGCCACCACAUCCGCCUUGGAGACAUCCUCAUCCUCCAGGGCCGACCUUGCCAGGUCAUCCGCAUCUCCACUUCCGCUGCUACUGGCCAGUACCGCUACCUCGGUGUUGACCUCUUCACGAAGCAGCUCCAUGAGGAGUCUUCUUUCGUCUCCAACCCUGCCCCCAGUGUUGUUGUCCAGACCAUGCGUGGCCCUGUCUUCAAGCAGUACCGCGUGCUCGACCUCCAGGACGGAAGCCUUGUCGCCAUGACCGAGACGGGUGAUGUCAAGCAGAGCCUCCCCGUCAUUGACCAGUCCAACCUCUGGUCCCGCCUGUCCAACGCCUUCGAGUCCGGCCGCGGCAGCGUCCGUGUCCUCGUCGUGAACGACCACGGCCGUGAGAUGGCUGUUGACAUGAAGGUGAUCCACGGCUCUCGCCUGUAA